AGUGAUGGAUACGAGGACGGCGACAGCUGAGCUCGGCUGGAUAUCGUUCCCUGCCAAUGGAUGGGAGGAGGUGAGUGGCUACGAUGAGAACCUCAACACCAUCCGGACGUACCAGGUGUGCAACGUGUUCGAGCCCAGCCAGAACAACUGGCUCCUCACAACCUACAUCGACCGGCGGGCGGCACAGCGCAUCUACGUGGAAAUCCGCUUCACCGUGCGAGACUGCGCCUCCAUCCCCAGCGUCCUGGGCUCCUGCAAAGAGACGUUCAACCUCUACUACCUGGAGACAGACAGGGCUGUGUCCGAGGGCAUCAAAGGGGUGGAGUAUUGGGCCAACGCGCCUUUUCUUAAGGUGGACACCAUCGCAGCAGAUGAGAGUUUCUCCCAGGUGGAUUUCGGAGGGAGGCUAAUGAAGGUGAACACAGAAGUGCGGAGUUUUGGGCCUCUGUCCAAAGGCAGAGGCUUUCACUUGGCCUUCCAGGAUCUGGGUGCCUGCAUGUCCCUUCUGGCUGUCAGAGUAUUCUACAAGAAAUGUCCCAGCGUGGUGCAGAACUUUGCUUUUUUCCCAGAGACACUGACUGGAGCAGAGUCCACCUCAUUAGUCAUUGCCAGAGGAAGCUGCAUUCCCAACGCGGAGGAGGUGGACGUGCCAAUAAAGCUUUACUGUAACGGAGAUGGAGAGUGGAUGGUUCCCAUCGGCAGCUGCAGCUGCAAGGCUGGUUAUGAACCGGACAAUGGCAACGUGUGUAGAGCCUGUCCUCAGGGCACCUUCAAGUCAUUCCAGGGGGGAGGAUUAUGUCAGCAAUGUCCGCUCAACAGCCGCUCCACCAUCGAGGCGGCCACCCUCUGUGGCUGUCGGAACGGCUAUUACCGCGGCGACAUGGACAAACCUGAGGACGUGUGCACCAGUGUCCCCUCAGCUCCUCGCAAUCUGGUCUCAGUCGUCAACCAGACGUCGGUGCUGCUGGAGUGGCACACGCCGCGGGACACGGGGCACCGUGGCGACCUGUCUUACAACGUCGUGUGCCGCCGGUGCCACAGCAACGAGCGCAGGGCGUGUCAGCCGUGCGACGACGGCGUGGCGUUCGUCCCAGGAAAGCGGCGGUUGAAGGAAACGAGGGUGGAGAUCAGCAAGCUGCGGGCCCACACGUCGUACACCUUUGACGUGCAGGCAAUCAAUGGAGUCUCCAACAAGAGCCCUUACCCCGCCCAGCAACUGUCAAUCAACAUAACAACCAAUCAGGCUGCUCCCUCAGUAGUUCCCAUAAUGCACCAAGUCAGCUCUACAAGCCGCAGUUUCUCGUUGUCAUGGCCACCACCUGAACAGCCCAACGGAAUUAUCCUCGACUACGAGAUACGAUACUAUGAGAAGUCCCACUCAUCGCUCCUGAACAGUUCAGUGAUCCAGAGCGAGAUGCCCAACAUGGUUCUGGAGGGACUGAGGCCUGGGACCGGCUACGUGGUGCAGGUGAGGGCCCGCACCGUGGCUGGCUACGGAGCCUACAGCAGAGAGAUGCUCUUCCAAACACUCACCGACGAUGAGUAUAAGUCAGAGCUGGGACAGCAGCUCUCCUUGAUCGCCGGCUCUUUAGUGGCUGGAGUGUGUAUCGUCUCAUUGGUCGCUAUCGCCAUCAUCUGUUCCAGGAGACGGCAGCUGAAGGAGAGUUUAUACGGUGACAAGCUGCCGCAGUACAACACAGGAGAGGUGACUCUGAGGCCUGACAUGUUCAGCGGUCCCACCCCCACCGUGACCUUUCCCACCCUGUCUGAGGGUCACAGUUCACCGGGGGUCAAGAUCUACAUCGACCCCUUCACCUACGAGGACCCCAACGAGGCUGUGCGGGAGUUUGCCAAGGAAAUCGACCCCUCCUGUGUGAAAAUAGAAGAAGUAAUCGGAUCAGGUGAGUUUGGCGAGGUGUACAAAGGCCGUCUGAAGCCCGUUGGGAAAAAGGAAAUUUCCGUGGCCAUCAAGACGCUGAAGGUGGGCUACUCCGAGAGGCAGAGGAGGGACUUCCUGUCCGAGGCGUCAAUCAUGGGCCAGUUUGACCAACCGAACAUCAUCAGACUGGAGGGCGUGGUCACAAAGAGCAGGCCCACGAUGAUCAUCACGGAGAUGAUGGAGAACGGAGCUCUGGACUCGUUUCUCAGGCAGAAUGAUGGCCAGUUCUCAGUGAUCCAGCUGGUUGGUAUGCUGAGGGGCAUCGCGUCUGGAAUGAGGUACCUGGCAGAGAUGAGCUAUGUUCACCGGGACCUGGCAGCUCGAAACAUCUUGGUUAACAGUAACCUGGUGUGUAAGGUGUCCGACUUUGGCCUGUCACGCUAUCUGGAGGAAGACACCUCUGACCCCACAUACACCAGCUCACUGGGCGGAAAAAUCCCAGUGCGGUGGACGGCUCCGGAGGCGAUCGCCUACAGGAAGUUCACAUCUGCCUCAGAUGUGUGGAGUUAUGGGAUCGUCACCUGGGAGGUGAUGUCAUAUGGAGAGAGACCUUACUGGGACAUGAGCAACCAAGAUGUGAUAAAUGCCAUCGAGCAGGACUUCAGGCUGCCGGCUCCGAUGGACUGUCCAGUCGUGCUGCACCAGCUGAUGCUGGACUGUUGGCAGAAGGACAGGAACGCUCGGCCAAAGUUCCCCGAUAUUGUCAGCAUGUUGGACAAGAUGAUACGCAACCCUGCAUCUCUCAAAGCCGGCACCAACAACGUGGCCCCUGGUCCUUCCCAUCAUCCCCUGUUAGACCGCGGAGCUCCGGACCUGAGCAGGGUGAGCUCAGUGGAGGACUGGCUGGCUGCGCUGAAGAUGACCCAGUAUCGUGACUCCUUCCUGGGCUCUGGUUUCACGUCUCUGCCGCUUGUCACACAAAUCACAGCUGAAGAUCUUCAGAGAAUCGGAGUGUCUCUCGCCGGACACCAAAAGAAAAUCCUGACCAGUGUUCAGUCAAUGAGGCAUCAGGUCGACGACCAGUCUCCCACUGAAUCAGUGUAACCACACAGGAGUGAUGCACUAAGAGAAUCUUGGCACUGGUGCCCAGUCUGGAACAACCAGGCUCUACACUUUGUCUUUUCACUUUCACUGUUUUCCCUGCACACUGUUCAGUGCUGCUCCUGGAGAUUUCACAUGUUUUUAAACAGCAGACAAACUCUGGCCAUUUAUGGCCUGAUCUCUUUUAACCAUUGGACCGACCUCUUUCAGGCAAUUUACGUCCUAAUUUAAAAAAUGGAAUAAAAAGUAUUUGGAUUUUUUAAGUGACUACAGUCACCAGAUCCCAUCCGCCCCCAUGAAGAAAUCUGCAAGACUCUGUACAUUUUAAUGGUGGAAAUGAGACCAUUUUUUACCAACAACUGAUUCCAGGAUCACAUCACCUGUUUUUUUUAUCUAAGGAUAAAUCACACCAAGACUGUGAAGAGACUGUGAGCAGGCGUUUAUAUGUUGGCGAACAGAAGCUUGACGAAUGGUCCGUAAAGCUGUGUUUCUUGACACGAGACCUUCAGCAGGUCCUCAUAUCUUCAUGUUUGUUCUGUUUAGAUUGUUGGUGAAAUUUGCCGCCAUUUGUCAAGAGUCAACGGCCCGUUUCUGAAUCUCUCUUCAUAUUGAAGAGUCUGUACAUCUUGUAAUUUGGGAUAUUUAUUUCCUAUUUGCUCGUUUGCUUUCACUUCUGCCAACAGCAUUGGACAAUUAAUUGUCACUGGAGUGUUUGUGAGUUCUCUGUGAUUAUCUUCCUCUGCCGGACUCAUCACUGGAACCGACUUUGAAGUGCUGUGGACCGCAGAUGAAAAAAAUGGAAAAACAGGUUUCGUAGUGAUAUUUUUUGUACUUUCCAUGCAGCCAUGAAAGGAUAAACUCUUCCAUGCAGAGAGCCAGAGAUGCCUGUCCUACUUAAAAUACCCAGAGUCCUCAGAGCGAACUCAUGAUGGAUGAUGUUUUACAAUCAGCACUAAUGCCCUUUGAGUAAAGCCAAUUAUGGAUCAGAAAACAGGAAAAUAUUGCACCGUGGCGGAAUAACAACGUACUUCCCCGGCGGGGAAGGAAGGCGGCCGCGUACCUUGAAGAAGAGAAGGAGGACUGUGGGUAUGGAGUCGUUACCAGCUGCUGAGACGCACCUGUUGUGGACGCAGAAAGAAAAAGUUGUCGUCAUCCAAUAAUAGAUAAAUUGUGAUUUGGCUGCGGAUUCUGACGCUGGCUGGCAGUUGAGCAUUAAUACAACACGUGAACAAACCAGAGAGUUCACACAUGGAAUCAAACUCAUUUCUGUCACAAGUGUAUGGCUGCUGUCCAGAUGUUAAUCAUCACUCGGGACUCGCAGACACAGGCAGACAGGGUCCUCCGUGUUAAUUCAUCUGUAUUUUCUUUUUAUUCAUCGGCCGCCGGACAUGUCAUUGUCGUCAGAGUCUGUUUUGACAGUCACAUUUCCCAACUGACGGCGCUGAUUAAUUCUGUUGUGUCAGUUUGCAGAUGAAACGGCACGAUGCGACCUAUACGUGUUUCUCAUCUGCGCGCUACAACCUUUUCAACGCAGAUCCACAAUGAUUGAUUUCUCAGACACCUCGGAGAAAAGAUGUUACAACACAAAUUCAAAAUGCUGGAGGUCAAGAAGGAAAUCGGUGGGUUAUUUAUCAUGUGCUAAUACUUAAAACGUGACGUCCGGCUCAUGGGGCUUCACAGCACAUGAUAUAAUGAAGGCCUGAUCUCACGACAGGGCACUCGGGGUGGAGAAGCUAUGGGAGAUCUCUUUUUAUCUCAGCGCUGAGCAGAUUACCAGCUGUGAAACAACAGCCGGCUCGUUCUGCCUCCCGCCCAAACCUCUGGUCAUGCGUGUGCAGCCACAUCCAGAGGAUUACCCGUCCGCAGCACUGAUUGGAUGUCAUGAUUUUGUUUGUCAUCCGCUGCGAGCCGUGCUCACAAUGAGAGAAGUGGCAGCGUCGGGUUGUUUGCUCUCAUCACGGCGUGUCCGAAAGAACCAUGUGUUUGUGUGUUUGUCUCUCGCGUCGCUGAUCUCGACUGCUGGGACGCCCCCAACGACUUUUAUUUAUGAAAGUUGUGACAUUGAGAGGAUUCGCAGUUAUUUUAAACCUCCAAGCAUUUCAGUUUCUGCUUUUCUCCCCGAAACGCUGCAACGCCGGCAUGGCCGCAAUUGCAUUUGUUGCCCCGGCAACGUUAGCUUAUUGAGCAUUUUAUCAAAAAGUAUUGAGAUCAACUGGGAGCGAGUCAACGGCUCAGAGGCAUAAUUCGUUGUAAAUAGAUGCCUCUGGAAGAGAAGUUUCAGCUCUGGCUUGGGGGUUUAAUAAAGAGUGAGAUGAGUCGUGUGCCUAAAAGUUCAUAUUAAACACCACCUUAAAAAAAUGUCACACAGGAAAUGAAAGCGACCAACACAAACAGGAAUCUCAACCCAUUAUGUAACAUCUGCAGCUGAGUGCGAUGUGUCGAGUCCUCGUUUCAUACUGUGUUAUUGUCUUCUGAUAUUUAACGAGGUUCGAUGGGAGUUUUCAGACAUUUCACGUCGUCAAUGUUUGUGAAAAGACACACGAUGUACAGCACAUGUUGUAUUUACACUACGAACGAGCACAAAUAUUUACCACAGAGACAAUUUCUCAGGAACACAACAAAUGUACGUUUUGUCCACGCUGCUGCACUGGUAAAAUCCUGCACUAUAUAGAGAGACGAAGUGCUUUAAGGGUUAACGGAGAAAAGUGUUUUUGAAGUUGAGUUUUCUGAGCUACGUCCACAUUAAAUCCAGCCUCUUAAAAUGAGAAAUAUAUGAGUAAAACCUUUUUAAAGUUCUUAAUUUGUGUACUUGAACUAAUCAUGAAGACACAGAUACAGGUUUCGGUGAAGAAUCGUAGUCGGGGUUAAUGAACUGUCUGAUUAUAUCACUGAUGAACAUUUCUAGUUAAAGGAUGAAUUCAGUUUUUUAUCCUCUUCUAUUGAAAGUUUAACCAUCAAGCUUUUCAAAUGUUUCCAAUUCUUUUAAGUCUGCUAAUUAAGGUCCAUCCUUAGAUUCUUAUCAUUCCUAAUUCUUAUCGUUCUUUAUUGUUUCGUGAUCCAAACCAGACAAAACUAUUGGAGCUUAUGUCAAUAGACACUAGUUUCCCACAGAGCAGUACCCAAAGGAAAUGGAGGAGCUGCUAUGUUUUGUUAACAUGCAGUAGUCUGUGUAUUAUCCAGGUAAAAGUACCCUGCAGAACUCUCUUAACAACAUUCACCUUCAGUGUUUCUCACUACGACACAAUGAGUAUGAUUGAGGAUGAGUUGACGGCUUUUCUGAUAAAGGUAUAGUUUUUAUUUUGCAGUGUUUACAUCAACGUUAACUAGAUAGAAACGAUACCUGGUACGAACAUAGUCAUCUUACGAAUUUGGAGCCAGAGUCUGUUCAGAAGUGAUGGUGGAGUAGAGCCAUAGUAUCGAGGUCCAGCUAAUACACACUCGACCAAUCACGUCUCAGUUGUCAAUCAUGAUGUUUUCACCUCAUGUUUUGUUUCAUAAUUUAAAACCUACUCGAAAGACUCUUAGGAAAAAUGUAUUUUAACCUUUAGUUUUCUCAAUGCAAUGCUCGUUGUUCAUUAGGAGGUAAUAAGUGUUUCAUGACACUUGCUGGAAAACUUGCCACCAUAUCCACGACCACCCCCCACCUUUGUAAAAAAAACGUGUAUUCUGGUCUCCUGGGGUUAUACUGUCGAUGGACGGAUUUCUCUCCAGUCAUCGUUGAACAGAGGUAAAACUGGCAGCUGCAGACAAAAGAGCUCAGAUUCUGAGGGCCUGACACCAAAACCUGACAUUUACUGCAGAUGUUCCAGAUAAAGGAACUACAUCCACACUCCACUGUAACUGUGCUGGACGUACAUCAACAUGAUGUGGCAUAAUGUUUGGCCAAUUAAGCACGGCAAUGGGACAAAUGGACCACUUUGAUGCAAAACAGGCCCCGAAAUGCAAGGUGCAUCAGCAGCAGCUCCUCUGAGUGCUUUUGGAUGGAUUUAUCGUUUAAUUGCAGUUAUUUUCUGGAAGCUGGACCAACCCUGGCUGCCUUUCUUGUCUCCUGUUGCUCUGCUGUAAUAGAUACCGUAGGGGAGGCUGGAGAUGAGAGGAGACGAGUUAUGAAGAGAGGAGAAAAGUGAAAGGGAAUAGGUAAUGGAGGGGGCAAGAGGAGACGGGAAGGAAAGAGAAUAGCAGAGAAAAGGGAGAUGGGGUGGGGGACGCGAGAGGCAAAGCCUGACUCUGGUGUUUGAAUAAAAAUGAGGCUGGGUGUGGAGAGAUUACUCUUUCUCUUUUUGUCUCUUUCUCCUUCUCCCUGCUCUACCCAGCUGUCCUCUUUCUUCUUCUAAUGCCCACAACCUCUCUGAACGACUCGCUCUGCUUCCAGGCUGCGUUUCCACCAUCGCCUUUGACAGCUUUAAAGGGAAAGAAGUCGAGCAAUCUUUCUAUUUUAGAUGCACUGUUUUCACAAACCUUUUCAACUUGCAUCUGAAGCAUAUCUGGAAAGUUUCAGUUUCACACAAAAACAAAAACUUGCAGUGUUUUUUGUGGGUUUUUCGAGACAGUAUUUUUUUUCUCUACAUUAAAUGUUCUUAUUUUACAUUCACACUGCUCUUCAAACUCACCUGAACUCUACUUUGACUUCUUGUCUUCCCUCUUGAAACUGAAUUAUUUCUGAAUGGAUUGUGAUGUAGUUGUCUCCAUAGAUUUAAGAUCUCAAAACGUUAAAGCUUACUGAUGUUGAUGAUUCCACCGACUCGUUAUGUUAUGAGUGAAACGUCUCGAUGACUGUUGGAUGUCAUGUUCACAUCAGGGUGUGACACAAAGAUUGUAAAUAAAGAUGGACAACGUACUGCCGCUGUACAAAAAUGAAGCCAAAAUAUCUUGGAUGCGGCUCCGCCAUCUUGCGCUGGUGACAUAGUUUUGGAGCCACUGUCAGUCAUGAUGUUUUAUAUCAUCAAAUAACUCGUUAAACCCAAACUUAUUAGAAACACUUGAUGAUUCAUUAGCAUGAUAUGAACUACCUAAACACACCAUCUUUGAGAAAUAUUUUUGAUUUGUACCGUAGAACGUUUUAGCUUUGUUCGCAUCUCAUCUGCUCACAUGGAUCGGGGGGUGGGGUGUACGACCAAUACCGCAGCCAGCCACCAGGGGGUCACUUUUUGUAGCCUUCACAUCGUCCAUCUUUAUAUUCAGGCCAUGUGUGAUGUUUUAAUCUUUCCUGUGAUGUCACGAUCAAGAUAACUUUUAAUUUUAACCAAACUCCCCGAAACGAAGACAUUAUUAAGAAAGUGUUGGCAAUUUUGAGGGAUAUUGACGUUUGCAUUUAGCUCGAACACAGCAGUGCUGAAGUAUUAUCUCCUGAGGAUUUGUUGGUCUCUACAAAACAUUACUGCAGUAUUUUGUUGGUUUUGAGAAAAAUCCCAAAACUGUGAACACAAAGCAAUUAGAGAUUUAUCUUGUAUUUAAACCUGUCGCCUUUGUGUUCUGUCAUUUACAGGGAUUCAUCAAAAUAACCCAAACUGUAAGAGUUGAGCUGUUAACACUCUGUGGACAUGAAGAAAAAAUAUUUUCGUUUCUGUUUUAUUUUAAAUGUUAAUUUAUUUGCCUUUCUAUGAAAAUACUUUUGUAUGUAAUGUUCGUGUCUCUCUGAAAAAAGAAGAACAGCUCAUUAAUCAGCUGUCGUCUGCCUUUCUGUUUACCUACAAUGCUGUUUAUAUGUGUUUAUAGUGCUCGUCCAGGCAGAGCAUCCCACUGUAAUUCAUCAUAAUACUGUAAUAUAAUGUAAGUAUGCGCACGCCUGAGUGUGUGUGUGUGUGUAAUAUAAUGUGUGUGUGUGCUGUUCAGUGUACAGUAACAUGUUUGUACAUUGUGCGUGUGUGAGUUUGUAGCUGUGAACUUUCUGAAUAUUACAUUUACAAUGCACUGUUUGUCAAUAAAGAAGACAA